AUGUCGGCCGAUGAUAUCGACGAUGAGCUCUUCGCCCUCGCUGGCGGUGACGAAGAUGCGGACGUCGAAGAAGGCGAGGCCUCGUCGCCCGCAGCCUCAUCGCCAAACUCGCUAGGAUCCGACGCCAUGGACGAGUCGGAUUCAGACCGCGACGAUGACGUACCGGAGCGCGCCGUGGACGUUCCCUAUCCCCUAGAGGGCAAGUACGUCGAUGAAGCAGAUAAACGCCACAUCCUGGGCUUGUCGCAAUUGGAGCGGGAAGAGAUCCUGGGUCAACGCGCCGAGGAGAUGAGCAGCGCCAACUUCAAGGCCGAGCUCGCCAGGCGCGCAGCCAACGUCCAGAACGACAGGAAGCGCAAGGCUGAUUCCGAAGACGCCGACGAGCGUAAGAGCAGUCGCCCCAAGGUACAGCCACGGAAGAACGAGAAGCUUGAGGCAUACAAGCGUGAGCGGGAGCAACGUGGUCAGCAACGGCAACGGAACGACGACCGACGCAGUGGCCGCAGGCGGUCGAGCUCGGCGGAUCGAGACGGUGGCUCAGAUGUUGAUGCUGACGGUGAGAGCGACGUUGAGUGGGACGACCGAGCGCCAGAGAAGGCCCGCGAAGAGCUGCCUGCCACCCUACGCGAUUUCGAGUCAGUUCGUGUUGGUCGAGGCUUCUUCUCAGAAGUCUGCUUCCACCCUGGGUUCGAGGAGGCUAUGACGGGCGCAUUCGGCCGUGUUGGCGUGGGCCAGGAUGCACAACGUAGGACUCUGUACAAGAUGGCGCAAAUCAAGGGCUUCUCAGCCGGCAAACCCUACGUUUUCGAAGGUAAAGACGGCAAGCGCGUCGCGACAGACCAAUACGUCAUUGCGCAACACGGCUCCGUGAAGAAGGACUACCAGUUCCAGUUCAUGUCGAACCAGCGCUUCACCGAGACCGACCUCGACGCCUACCGCCAAUCCCUCAUAGAGGCCAACGCCAAGGUCCCCACACAAUCAUAUCUGCAACGGAAAUACGAUGACCUCAAGGCCCUGCAGAACCACCACUGGACUGAUGCUGACAUCAGCGCGCGCAUCGCCAAGUCGAAGAAAUACGCACAUCUCCUUACCCGCUCCAACUCAGAUGCCCAGCCCAAGAUCGCGACACAGUCAGAAACAGCCGCCGCUCGCAUCGCCGAACUGAAUCGUAAGAACCGCAUCCUGGAAGCCGAGCGUGUCCGUAAAGCACAACUUGACCAACAACGCCAGAGGAAGAUGGAGCAGAAGAAGGAAAUAGCUCGACAGAAAGCAGAAGAAGAGGCGAGAAAGGCACGAGAGGAAGAAGCACUGAAGAAGAACAACAACCUAGACGUCGAUGCGCUGUUCGACGGCGAUGGCUCAAGUAGGGCGAGCACGCCAAACCCCCCACAAGGCAGCAAGAAGAAGACUGAGCGGAAAGGAUUGCCGACAUUUAGGAAACCCAAGAUGGACGAAGAUAUCAUUGCUAGCAUGGACAUUGGCAUGGAUAUUGAGAUUUGA